AUGACGAGCGGCGCGUCUGUCAGCGACGCCAGUGGCGCUCUGAACAUUGAAACCGCUACCGGUGGUCGCGCAUCUGGCAACAUUCGUGUGGCGACGGGGUCUGCCGACGAAGUCGGUAGCAUCUCGCUCUCGACGGCUUCGGGACGUCGUGACAGCGGCUCCGUGUCGAUUCGUUCGGGCUCGGGCUCUGCUUUGACUCUUGACGCUUCUCAUGCGCGCUUGACGGCUGGCAACGCCACGACGACGGGCGACGUGACGGUCCAAGCGGGUGGUGCCGGACAUGUCCGCAUCUCCAGCCAGGACAAGGUGGUCGCGUCGGGUGUCGUGGAGCUCACGACUGGCGAAAGCACUCUCUCCAGUGGUGACGUGCUUUUGUCGACAGGCAACAGCACUGGCACUAGUGGUGAUGUGCUCUUGUCGACGGGCAACAGUGCGAAGGUCGCUGGCCGCAUUGUCCUUGAGCCUGGAUCGAGCAAUUCUGAGGGUGCGUCCGUUGCUAUCCACGGCGGCAAGGCGACGAAGGAAGGCGGUCGCGUGCAGUUGACAAGCGGUGUGGCGACGGAAGGGGAUCAAGUCAAUGACGGCGCUCGUGGUGGUCGUGUCUCCAUCACGUCGGGCCUCGGUGCUGAAGCGUCGGGCUCCGUCGGCGUGACGUCGGCGGAUGCUAACCUUGUCAGUGGCUCGGUUGUCGUCAACUCGGGCAUUGGGUCCGAAGCGUCGGGCGCUCUUACUUUGACUUCUGGCGCAAGCUCAAGAAGCGGAAGUAUUCUCUUGGCCAGCGGCUCAGGACAGUUGGCUUCGGGAGCGAUCUCGAUUCAUUCUGGCAACGGCUCGACAAGCGCGCGUGUCUCGAUUGCGGCCGGCGACAGCGUUACUCAAACCGGUGGUGUGUACAUCGGUGGUGGAGCGUCGUCCAAGGCCACGGGUGGUGUCGUCAACAUCCUUAGCGGUUCGAGCGCCACUGGAAGCAGUGGUGCCAUUCUUCUCGAGACGUCCGCUUCGGCGACGUCCGGUCGCGCAACGCUGACGACGGGUGCCGGUCAAGAUAAUUCCGGCGCUGUUUCAGUCAGCUCGGGCGAUAGUCAAGGUGAGAGCGGCAGUGUCGUCAUUGGCUCUGGAUCGGGCUCGACCGCGGGUACCGUGUCCCUUCAAGGUGGGUCGUCUUCGACGGCCGACGGCGGAUCGAUCGUUCUCUCCUCGGGUGUGUCCAGUGUCGCGCCCGCAGGUCGUGUGAGAAUCCUCGCAUCCAACGGAACUCAUGACGGUGGCUCCAUUCAGCUCGUUGCUGGGUCAUCAACGGAGAAGCUUGGUGGCUCGGUUGUCGUCACGUCAGGGCCGUCGGUGCAUGGCAGUGGCGCGAUCGCUCUGGCAAGCGCCGAUGGCAUCAUGUCGCUACGGACGACAUCAGGUAAUGUCACGAUCGCUUCAGCGGCUGCGAAGGCGGCUGCAGGGGACGUUUCCCUCGCUGCAGGUCUCGGUGGUAGCGUGUCGAUCUCAAGUGGCAGCGCUCGGAUUGGCGUAUCGAAAACUGGCGAUGUGAGUUUGGCCGCUGGCGUCUCGGUGCAGCGCCGUGUUGGCCAAGUUUCCAUCACAAGCGGUCGUCAGGAUGAAGCCGGUGGCGACAUUGCCAUCGCGACGGUUGCGUCUACCAAGGGCACUGGUGCCAUCGUUAUUGGCUCGGGUGCGUCGAAAGAGGCGUCCGGUGCCGUGACGCUGCAAACGGGCGCAGCUAGCUUGCGCUCUGGUGACAUGGUCGUGGCUUCUGGGCAAGGCGCGCUUGUCGGCGGUCAUCUCAACUUGACUGCGGGCGACUCGUCGCAACACGGUGGCUCCGUCACUGUUUCUGGUGGCCGUGGCACAACAAAUGCUGGAUCGGUCACGGUACAAGGUGGUGACGGCGGCGGCUUGGUGCGAGUACUUGGUGGCUCGACAACUGCCAAGAACACCGGUGGCUCCGUUGAAGUUGUCGGUGGCGUAUCAACGACGACCAAGCACGGCAAUGUCACGCUUCGCGGUAUCGCUUUGGCAUCGGCUGCAAGCUUGGUUGCAGAAGGCGGCUCGGACGCUAUCGGUGGCGCUUUGGUUCUUUCGGCGGGCACUGCAACGAAUACGGGCGGUGCUGCUGUGCUGGUGUCGGGCUCGGGCUCAGUCUCGGGUGCGAUCGCGGUGUCAUCGGGCGCGGCGUCGGAAGCGACGGGCGCAACCGUUAUCCAGUCGGGUGCCACAUCCAGCGGGACCUCGGGCAGUGUGCACUUGAGCUCUGGCCAAGGCGCCGCGUCUUCUGGGAGCGUUUUGCUCGGCUCUGGUCCAUCGGCGACCACCAACGCUGGCACUCUCGAUGUAUUUGGUGGCUCGAGCGACCAAGGCCGUGGUGGCGACGUCGCGAUUCGCAGUGGCUCGAGUCGUCUGUCUCAAGCAGGCUCGCUGGUUGUCCAAGUCGGCACCUCGAGUGCCGCACGCGGCGAAGAUCUCGUGUUGCUUGCUGGUGCGACGACGGCGGCUACGAUGGCUGGGGGUACCGUGGCCAUCUCUGGUGGCGCUGGUACUACUGGCGGCCGCGUACAGCUCACUGCUGGUCAUGGUGUGACCGGCGGCGACAUGGCACUUGUCUCUGGCAACGGAACGAUGACGUCUGGCCACGUCUCGGUCGCGUCGUCAACGUCGGCUGGGUUGUCUGGCACCAUCAACGUGCGCUCGGGCGAUUCGUCGGCAGGAUCGUCUGGCGCGAUCGUUCUCCGUAGCGGUAACGGUGCCGUCGCUGGUGGUAUUCGAAUCGUCCAAGGCAAGAGUACAUCGACCGCAGCUCAAGACGGCAUCUAUCUCGAGAGUGCGAGCACGUCGGCUGAUGUUGGCGCGUCGAUCACGGCUGUCUCGGGCGCGGGCGAACGCUUGUCCGGCGACGUGUUGCUUGCAAGUGGCGCCAACUCGCCCAAGAGUGGCAACGUCUCGAUCACGUCGGGGCGCUCUACGACGUCGGGUGAGAUUCGCGUAUCGAGUGCUACAGCAACCGAUACGGCGGGGCAGGUGGCAAUUCAAGCCGGUACUGCUCGUCAAGGUGGCCAAGUGGUCAUCCAAGCGGGUGUGUCGGAUGAAGCCGUCGGAGCGAACAUUGUGAUCCAGUCUGGCGCGAGCGCGAAGCGCACGAGUGGUGAUGUGCGUCUGACGACGACGACCAACGCGUCUGGUACGGGCAACAUCGACGUGGCCACGGGCGAUGCAACGGGAAACGAUGCCGGCGGCAUUCACGUGCGCGGUGGCUCGAGCUCCCGUGUCGGUGGGUCGGUAGCGUUGACGGCCGGUGCCGGUGCCAUGGUGCCGGGCCGAUUGUCUCUCCAAGGCGGCUCGUCGACGGCGUCCAAGGGUGGCGCCAUUGCGAUCAGUUCCGGUCCCGGUGGCCAAGAGAGCGGCAAUGUCGAGGUUGCAACGGGUCCUGGUAUCGAAAGCGGUACACUGAAGCUCGUCUCAGGGGUGGGUUCGAUUCGCAGUGGCGAUGUGUCUGUCGCAUCAAAUCAUGCCCCGGUGACCGGUAACCUCGACUUGUCGACGGCGCAUGCCACGACAUCCUCUGGGAGUGUGACGAUCGCCGCUGGUCGUGCUCCCAACACGGCUGGAUUUGUACACGUCUCGGCGGGCGCGAGCACGUCGAGUUCCGGAGGCGCCAUCAAGCUCACCGCCGGGUCUAGUGAGGCAAAUGCCGGCGGCGCGACGACCAUCGCCGGUGGACAAGGCGAAACCUCGCUCGGAGGUGACGUCCGUGUCGUGGGUGGUGUUGGCCGCCUCGGCGGUGGUGCUGUGCACAUUCUCAGCGGCGACAGCGAAACGAUCUCGGGCGAAGUAAAACUCGCGUCGGCGUCGUCCGAUGCGAGUGGCAACACUUUGAUUUCGACUGGUGACGCCAAGUUGGCGUCGGGCUCGCUGGCCAUUUCGACUGGCAAUGCAUCGACCUCCGGCUCGGUGCUCAUCAAGGCGGGUACGAGUGACGCCUCCACAGGCCCCAUUGUUUCUCUCCAAGCCGGUGGCGGCACCUCAGGUGGCACUCUCGCUCUUCAAGGCGGUGCUGGUCGCACGGGCGCCUCUGGCGCCGUCGACAUUUCGUCUGCGAUGGCUGGUUCUCGUUCUGGCGACGUGCACUUAAGUUCUGGUGUCCACCGUGAUGCCUCUGGCCAAAUCACGAUCCUAACGGGGUCUUCUGAUGCGGUCUCUGGUGACCUUCAAGUCGCGUCCGGCAACACCACGGGUACUAGCCCUACUGGCACCGUCAGCAUUGCCGGUGGGCACGGCCCGGACGUUGGUGGUCGUGUUCAAGUUAUUGCGGGCAACGCCGCGACUGCUACAUUCACGUCGGCUUCUACGCGACGUCGCAAGGCCGGGAACGUUCUUGUGGCUGCGGGGUCGAGCAGCGAGACCGACGGCGGCGCCGACCUUGCACUUGCAGGUGGUGCCGUUGCAAGCAGCCACGGCGGCGCGCAGGGCGGCAACGUGACGUUGUCGGGCGGCUCGGGGUCGGGAACGGCCUCGGGUGGUACCGUGCGCGUUGCUGGUGGCGCCUCCGAGGGUGCUACAAGUGGAAGCGUCGACGUGUCAAGCGGUCGCAGCACGAUGCAGUCCGGCAACGUGCGCGUGUCGACAGCAUCGAGCGAUCGUACGGGCUCCGUGGCCAUCACGAGUGGACACGCCGCGUCGCAGGUCUCGGGCGACAUGAUUGUGUCGACUGGCGACAGCUUGUCUGCCGUUGGACACCUUCAAGUGCGCGCGGGUGCGAGCGCAAGUCAAGAGGGUGGCAACGUUACCGUUUUGAGCGGUCGUGGGUCGCUCUCGAGCGGCGCCGUCACCAUAGCGUCCGAGAGCUCGACGGCCACGGGCAGCGUGGGCGUGACGACGGGCGGCGCGACGGAUGCCUCCGGCUCUGUCGUCAUCUCGACCGGCGCUUCGCAACGCGCUGACGCGGGCAGUAUCGAACUCAGUGCUGGCGACUCGGGCCUCGGUCUUGGAGGCCGCAUCUCGUUGGUCGGCGGCCGUGGUCUUGUCGACAGCGGCGCCAUCAACCUUGCUUCGGCGUCGGCGUUGAAGACCGGGACGAUCUCGCUCGCAUCCGGUGCGGGCUUGGACGAGUCGGGCGCAAUCGACAUUGCGACGGGCAUGGCUGCGCGGGCGGGCGCUGUCCGUCUCGGCGGUGGCCGUUCGACACACGAGGGCGGCACCGUUGCGAUUUCCGGCUCGGCAUCGGAAACGGCGACUGGCGGCCGUCUGGCGCUCACGAGCGGCGCGGGGACCGUCAGCGGUGACGUGAAUGUUGCGUCGUCCGAGUCCGAGACAAGCGGCGCGCUUCGCUUCUCUUCGGGCAAUGGCGACCAGUCGUCCGGCGACGUCGUUCUGGCAUCUGGUUCGUCUGCGACAUCCGGUACUGUCUCUGUGGCAUCUGGUUCCUCGGAAACAUCUGGCGGUGUCGCGAUGGUGUCGGGUGAAGGGUCACGGUCCGGGACCGUCGACAUCGGUUCGGGUGCUGGUGCCGUCGUGUCUGGCGACGUUGGCCUUGGGUCCGGCGCAAGCGACACCUCGGGCUCGUUGGUCGUUCGCACUGGCGAUGGUGUUUUAUCUGGAUCCGUCGUGGUUUCGUCGGGUCGUGGCUCGCGCGCAUCCGGUAGCGUGGUUGUCCAGUCGGGUGUCUCGCAAACAGCACCCGGUGAGAUUCGCCUCGCGGUUGGGUCGGAAGGCUCAUCCCUGCUAUUGCGCGACGACGGUAUUGUUAUGGCUGCGGGCGCGUCGCCAAAAGGGUCGAACAUUCGUGUCGACGCUGGUGCGGCAUCGGCGGGCGGCCAUGGUGGUAUGGUUACGAUCGGCUCUGGUGCGGGUACGACGAGUGGUCGCGUGGAAAUCGGCUCCAAGGGCGCUGCAUCUACUGGAGGUGUCGUUCUCGCGUCUGGAACGGCGCGUGACGACGCGUCUGGUGCGAUGCACAUUCAGACUGGAUCCAGCAGUGGCUCGGCCUCGGGUGCCGUGCGCAUCGAAAGCGGCGCAAGUACACAUACAGCUGGCGACGUCCUUGUCGCGGGCGGCGUGGGCGACGCUGCGGGCGGCUCGGUACGCCUCUCGAGUGGCGCAUCCAGUGAACAGGCCGGGACCAUCGCCCUCACGACGGCAUCAAGUCGUCUUGGCAGCGAGAUCACGCUGACGACAGGCGACGCCUCGAGCGGCAGUGGUGCCAUUCGCCUUACGGCUGGUUCGAGCGACACUCGCGGUGGCGACAUUCUCGCUACGGCCGGUUCAACGUCAACUGGAACGGCGGGCGCCAUCACGUUGCGUGCUGGAGCCAGUGACUACAUGGUCGGCGGCAACGCCGAUCUUGUGUCUGGUGCUGGACACGUAGUGGGGACGUACAUGUUUACAGCCCCCGCAGCGAUCAAACAAGUGGCCAAUGCCCGCGAAAGCGGCGGCUUGACCUUGCACACGGGUGACGGCGAGUCUACGGGCGCGAUUCUUGUCGGCUCGGGGAAUGCGAGCGCGACCCCGGGCCGUGUCGUUGUUUCCAGUGGCGCGUCUUUGACGAGCGUUGGCGGCGAAACGGCCAUACUUGGCGGUGCUGGUGUGCGCGGCGGCUCUAUUCGUGUCGCGGCUGGCUCUGGAUCGACCCGUGGCGGGGCCCUCGACUUGCGCAGCGGUAGCUCGGUCGGCGACUCGGGCGAUGUCUCCGUGUCUUCUGCUCAUGAUGCGGCGAUCAGCGGUCGCCUCCACCUCGUGAGUGGCGACAGUCAGCUUCGCAGUGGCAACGUCACGUUGGCGACGGGUACGGCGUCUGAAGCGGCCGGCAAUGUUCGUAUCUCAACUGGUGGCUCUGCGACCGGCGGUAACAUUGAACUGUCGACCGGCGCAUCAUCGGGUGCAAGUGGCAACGUCCGCAUCUCGGCGGCGUCCAAUGCGGCCGCCUACGGCGGUAGCAAAAUCGUCCUGCGGAGCGGCGACAGCCGCUCUGCCACCGGCGGUGACAUUGACGUCCGUACCGGAGCUGGUGCCACCAGUGGCUCGCUGUCGUUGGCAACGGCCGAAUCGGCGAUCAGCGGAAGCAUUACGCUCCAAAGCGGCCAUGCAACCAACGGUCCAUCGGGUACCAUUGCGUUGUCGUCCAGCGACGGCGACGUGACCAUUGAUGGUCGUCAGGCGCGCAUCUCAACCGUCGACGGGUCGCUGAACCUUGCGGCAUCUGGCAACGACGGCGUCGUAUCACUUGCAACGGAGACGAGCGACAUUGCCGUGACCACUGGCGCGUCUGGCGCGAUUACUAUUUCGACGUCCAAGAACGACCGCGGUCGCAGCGGCGAUAUUUCUUUGCAGAGUGGUGCGAGUGCUGAUGCUGAUGCGGGCGUGGUGACGGUGCAAGGUGGCAGCGGGCUUCGCGGACACGUUCGCGUCUCUGCCGGCAGCGGUGCGAUCCAAGGUGGCGCAGUCGAUGUUGUUUCGGGCGCGGGGCGUGUGGCUUCUUCGAUUGCUAUUGCCGUCGGUCAAUCGGUUGAAGAUGGCGGUAGCUUGCGGCUUGCUGCUGGCGCCAGCCACUCUGCCACUGGCGGUGACGUCACUGUCGCUGCCGGUACCUCGGAAACACGUGGUGGUCGUGUCCAGCUGGCGAGUGCAUCGAACGGUGGCACCGUCGAUGUCACGUCGGACGGUGAAACGUCUGUCACAGCGGCGUCGGUCACCGUCCGUGCCACGGUUGGUGAUAUUUCCAUGCUCGCUGCGUCGUCCGAUGCAAACAGCGGCGCCAUCAGCCUCAGCGCUGGCAGCAGCCGCAACAUUGGCGGCGCAGUCUCGCUCGCCAGUGGACGCGGAAGCAUCGGCGGCAACAUUACGAUUCGCAGCGCUGCUUCUGAGACCGCCGGGCAGUCUGGGCACAUCUCGAUUGUGUCGGAGGCGUCUUCUGACGCAUCGGGCUCGGUCUCGGUCGCUUCGGGUGAUUCCCGCAACACUCGGGCUGGUGAUGUCCAUGUGCGAUCCGGCGAUAGUGGCGCCGCGGACGGGGCCUCUGUCCAAAUAUCUGCCGGCAGUGCCAAGCGCACAGGUGGGCAGGCAACGCUUCUUGGCGGUGCUGGUCUAACCGGCGGUGACGUGGUUCUCAUGAGCGGUGCGGGCGACAUGACGUCUGGGCGCCUCGAUCUCGCGUCGGCGGCGUCCACAAGCGGCAAGAGCGGCGACGUCGGUCUGCGCUCGGGCUCGUCCAGUAUGCAGUCGGGUCGCGUCUCGAUCGAAACCUCGAAGGGGGCUACCUCGGGCGAUAUCGCGCUCGCGGCAGGGUCGGCACAAGGCACGACUGGCUCGUUGUCGUUGUCGACAGGCGACAGCCAACAGCAAGACGGCGGUGCAUUCGUGCUUCAAACGGGUGCUAGCCAGGCGAGCCAUGGCGGUGACGUCGUGAUGGCCACGGGCAAAGGUGCACUUCGAAGUGGUCACCUCCGCUUGGCAGCUAGUGGCGCUGCUACGGAAGGUGGCAGUAUCGCUCUCUCGACGGGCGCGUCUUCGUCCGCAUCGGGCAGCAUUGCCAUCUCGACAGGAAGCGCCGACGAUACUGUCGGCGGCGUUUCUAUCGAGGCCGGCGCGUCGACCUCUCGAUCGGCCUCUGGUGGCGACGUUUCCAUCCGUUCUGGCGCCGGCGAAGGCGCAAGUGGCCAGCUUGUGCUUGAAACUAGCGCAGGGUCGGACGGGUCGGGCGCAAUUGCGUUGCGCUCGGCGAACGGCCCAACAAGCGGGUCUAUCUUGGUCGCGACUGGUCAAGGUACAAGUACCGCUGGAGCGAUCCAUAUUUCUGCGGGUGCGUCUCGAGACGUCCCAGGAAGCUCAGUUCGCGUGUCCAGUGGGACCAGUGCCAAUGCCCUCGCUGGAGCGAUCGAAGUUGCUGCUGGCGCCUCCUCAUUGUCUGGUGGCGGUACCGUAUCACUUGCUGGUGGUCAAGGCGCCGUCGGCGGUGCCGUGCAGCUUGCGGGCGGUCUCGGCUCCACGGCUGGUGGCACGGUGUCUCUUUCAAGCGGCGCGGGCUCAGUGACGUCCGGCGACGUUACGUUGGCGUCCGCCGACGGAAUUGCUACCGGUCGUGUCGUGCUGGCGUCGGGUACGGCACCAUCAACAGGUUCAAGCGGCAACCUUGAGCUCACGACGGGUGCGGGCAAGGCAAGUGGCCGCAUUCGCAUUGCGUCGGGUGCGGCUACCGACCAAGGUCGCAUCGAACUGCGUGGACACUCGAUCGACGCGCGUGCCUCGGUGGGCGAUAUGACACUGAACGCAGGGCGUGGCGUGGCGAUUUCGGGUGGUGCGUCUGGUGCUGGUGGCGACAUUGACAUCGUGAGCGGUCCAAGUGCCUCCGCGGCAAGCGGUGCCGUGGCCGUUUCAUCGGCGGCUAACGUUCUCGGUUCCGGCGACACCAUCGUCGCAACCGGAUCCAGUCCAGCUGGCGCAUCCGGCUCUCUCGACCUCCAUGUGGGUGCGUCGGAAACACCUGGCGCGCUUCGGCUGACGGGUGCGACGUCGCCCAACGUCGGUGGCCCGAUUGCGGUCGCUGGCGGCGCCGGCAAGGUCGGCGGUGGCGUCUCGAUUGACGGUGGCCGCGGUAACGUGCACGGCGGCGACGUGUCUGUCGUGUCUGGAAAGGGUGAUCGGCAAUCAGGACGUGUCGUCCUCGCGUCGUCGGCGGCGCGUGGUCCAUCCGGGCCUGUCACGUUGGCGUCCGGGGACAGCGCAGACUCUUCGGGCGACAUUACCUUGGUGCCCGGCCGUGCGGUUGACGACAAAGCAGGUGACACGUCCAUUCACGGCGGCCACGGACGCUUUGGUGGGUCGAUCAACCUCACCAGCGGACGCGGUACGGAGCAGCAUGGCGACAUUGCGAUGACCGGCAAGACGGUGCGCACGCAGGCCGACGAUGCAGUGGACGUGACGACGGGAACGUCGUCGCUUUCCAUGUCCUCCAAGGAUGGUCUCUCGAUCAAGAGCUCAAUCGUCCAGAUCAAGGGUGUCAACUUUACGGCGCAUGUUGACGGUGAGUUUGCGGUGGCGCAUACCAACAAGGACGGGUCGCGCAACAUUACGCUGCGCGCGCUCCCCGAUAUGGUCAUGAGCCACGUGCCGAUCCAAGCUGCAAAGCUAUUGACGCCGUCCGACAGUCGCAUCAAGACCAACAUUGAGAGCUUUGACGAAGAGGACAUUUAUCAACGGCUGCAGAAGCUCGAGCUCAAGUCGUUCAAGUACACAAACGCGUGGAGCAAGAUGAUGGGUCUUUCCAACGAGACGAUUCGCGGUGUCGUUGCGCAGCAAGUCGCCAAAAUUUUCCCAGAGUAUGUGGAUGUCCGCGAGGACUUUCACGUGUCGGACCACGGGGUGCGUGUGGCGAACCUCACGCAGGUCAACACACAAGCGAUCAUCCUCGACUUGUUGGCCGCGCUCCAGGCGCAGCAACGUCGACUGGCGCUCGGUGCCAACACGCCGGAUCUCAGCGGUAACCUGGACCUUUCCACGGCCAGCACUGGCGAGUAUUUCAACAGUGCGGCUAAAGGCGCAACGGGCAACGUCACCGUCACGUCCGGCACCUCGAACGGUGGUAACUCUGGCACCAUCCGCAUUGCAACGGGUGGUGCUCGCUCCGGUGUAGUCGGUUCUGUUCAAAUUGCUGGUGGCAGCAGCGACGUGUCGGCUGGUGGUCGGAUCGAGAUCACUGGCGGCAAUGUGAACCGGGUCGGCAGCGUCGGUGGCGACGUUUUGCUUCGGUCCGGGUCCGGCACGACAGCGUCCAGUGGCGCGGUUAACAUUACCACUGGUGAUGCAGGGACCAGCGGCGACGCUGGCGCCCUCAACCUUGGCUCGGGACACGCGCCUUUGGGCCAAAGCGGCCUUGUGACGCUGUCCAGUGGUGAUGCCCAGGCGGAUGUUGCAGCCAACGUGCGCGUUCUCGCCGGUCGUGGACGGCGCCAAGGAGGUGCAGUCGAAGUCACCGCUGGGUCAUCAAACGACCGAGUCGGUGGUGCUGUUCGUCUAACGUCGGGUACCGGCAACCAGCAGGUGUCGGGCGACGUCAUGCUUAGCAGUGCGUCGUCGACGCAUGGGUCAGGCCAGCUCGUGUUCAAGACGGGAGACGCUACAACGGGCCCAGCCGGUCGUAUCAGCCUCUCGACGGGCGCGUCGAGCUUGGGAAGCUCCAUUUCGGUGGCGUCGAGCGGUACAAUGACGCUCGAAACGCGUACGGUGUCGUCGACGACGGGCCGCAACGACUUGAUCGUUGGUUCUUCGCCGGCAGACAUCGGCGAGUCCGGUGGUGUUUUGCUCUCGGUAGGCGGCUCGCGAAGCGGCUCGCGAGCCGGCGUUGGUGCGCUCUCACUCGUGGGCGGUGCCGGCGUCGCUUCGCCUGGUGGCUCUGUCAUCGUGGCGGCAGGCUCAUCUGUGUCGUCAAUCGGUGGUGCGCUGCGUCUAGAUGCUGGCCGUGCGACCCAGUCCAGUGGUGGCUCAGCAGUGCUUUCAGGUGGUAUCAGUGAGUCCAACGUCGGUGGGACGGUCUCGGUCCAAUCCGGCUCGGGUCUAUCCGCCAACUCGCGCAGCGGUGACGCAAGUCUCGCCACGGUUUCAAGCCUUGCUGGCACGGGAACUGUCUCUGUGGCCUCAGGCGAUGCUGCUCAAGGCACCGCCGGCGAGGUUGUACUUCAAGUUGGUGCCUCUAGCGGGCCUGGUGCACGUUUGGCUUUGUCCUCUGGCCGAGGUGCUUCGCUGGGUGGUCUCGUUUCGAUCACAUCUGGUACGGGUGCGACCAUCAGUGGCAGCGUACAAGUGGGUUCGGGCGAUUCGACACGAACCGGCACGGUGGUCGUUCGAUCUGGCGCAGGAUCAACUGGCACCAGUGGCAAUGUGGUUGUGGCCGCGGGUGGUGCGGCUUCGAAGGCAGGCGACGUCUUUGUAUCGGCUGGCAACAGCUCGAUCGAGGGUGGUGCUUUACGCCUCGAAUCGGGGACUGGUCCGAACGGGCGCCUCAGGCGUUGUCUUUUGCAAACGGGUGACGCGCUCAAAGGUGCCGCCGGCAGCCUUCGUCUGGCUGUCGGUGCGAGUGCAAGCAGUGAUGGCGGUUCCGUCUCGAUCACGGCAGGCAACACACUGGCAUCACGCGGCGGUCAUGUCAACCUUGUCAGCGGCUUUGGCUCGGAGACCGGCGGCAACGUCUCGCUUACGACGGAGGCGCGAGGCAGUAUCAAUUUGGCCACAGGUCGCAGCACUGGCGCCAAGAGCGGGGACGUCUCGAUUCGUGUGGGCUCGACCUCAAGUGCUGCGGGCGGCAACGUCCAAGUCUCGGCCGGCGAUAGUGAGUCGCUUCAAGGCGGGUCUGUUGUGGUGUCGGCAGGUGCAAGUCAAACAAGAGCCGGUGGCGCCGUCGUGCUCUCGUCUGGUGGUAGCCCCGGUGGAUCAACAGGCUCUGUGGCCGUCGUGUCUGCCGCGGGCGCGUUGUCGGGUAACAUGACCAUUGCGACGGGUGCCGGUACCGCAACCGGCGGACUCGUCCUCGGCACCGGCAGCGCCAGAACGUCUACGGCAGGGCAUGGUAGUACUGGUACCGUGGUGCUGUCGUCGGGCUCGACGUCCAGUAUGUCGCGAAGCACGCGCGCUGGAUCUGUCAAUGUUCUCGGCGGUGAUGGUCAAGCUGGGUCGGGUGGCACCGUCACGAUCGGCGCCGGCUCGUCGGCAACACAAGUCGGUGGUAACGUCGUCGUACAAUCGGGCGCAAGUGGCUCUCGUAACGGCGGGGACGUGAUUCUUGUCACCAAGAGCUCGGAACAAGACGGAGCUAGUGGUCGGAUCUCGCUCUCGACGGGCAGUGCCAACAACACGGUCGGCGACAUUUCCCUUCAGACGGGAUGGUCCUCGGCGGGGCGAGCGGGUGACAUUUCGCUUGCUGUUGGCACGACGCAACACGGAUUGGGUGGUGUGAUUUCGCUGCAAAGCGGCAAUUCCUCGGCAGAUCGCAGCAGCGGUGGCGACGUUGUCGUGCAAACGGGCUCGGGACGCAGUCAAACGGGUUCAAUCUCGGCAACGACGAUGUCUGGCAGCGUGGCAACCGGGACGAUCACGGUAGCCUCGGGACAGUCGCUCCGUCAAGCAUCUGGUGCCGUAAGUGUGGCCUCGGGCGGCUCGCGUGGAGCCAACACGGGCAGCAUCGACCUGCGAACGGGCGAUACUCAAAGUCCACAAGCGUCGGCGGGCGACAUCACGCUGCAAGGCGGCGCGUCAAUUGCCACGUCCGGCGGCAGCAUCAUCUUGGCCGGUGGCAGCAGCGAUCUGGGUGUCGGCGGGGCGCUGCUUCUCCAGAGCGGCGUCGGCGCGUACUGGGCAGUAGCGGAGACCUCCAACUUUCUACGGGUGCUUCGUCGAAGGUCAGCGGCUCGAUUUCUUUGGUCUCAGGCAGCUCGCCACCUGGUCAAGCCGGUGCCAUCUUGUUGUCUGCAGGGCUCACCGGCGGCAACACGCUAA